CCGACCACACGCCAGCCAUGGACUCUACCUCGUCUGUGUUCCUCAAGUCAGUUACCGCCCCGAACUUUCCGUGGCCUCAGUUUGAUUCCAGUUACUCAAACAAGGCAAAUUCUAUGCCAUUCCUGCCUAUACUCAGUGACCAAGGAAGUGGUGUGGAUUGGAGUGUCAUACACCCAAAGCUUAUGGCUUUAGAAAGCUUAAUGAGAGGUUAUGGUGACAGCGUUAAGAAGACCGCCGACAUAACAGCGUUAUUGCUGAGCUCUACUGGCCGGUUAUGUCGGCCCAAGAAACGAUAUAUUUGCAAAUUCUGCAAUCGUGAGUUCACCAAAAGCUACAAUCUCCUAAUUCACGAACGUACACACACGGACGAGCGACCUUUCCCUUGUGAUAUUUGUGGCAAGGCCUUCAGAAGACAAGACCACCUCCGUGAUCACAAAUACAUCCACAGUAAAGACAAGCCUUUCAAAUGUGAAGUUUGUGGUAAAGGUUUUUGUCAGAAUAGGACGUUGGCGGUGCACAAAGCCCAACACGCACACGACAUCGCUCUAUCAUCGAGCACCGAACUCAAUGUUUUGUUGAGGGUACCAAGAGUUUGCUCGGCCAACGUCUCGCCUUCGUCAGGAGUCGAGCGAUUGUCGAGUCCCAUCCUCGUCACCUCGUCAGCCUUGACGGAGGACGAGCCCAUGCAGACCCUUGCGGAGGAGCCUGGCGCUGACGACGAAGAAGAGAGACCAAGAAGGCUCGGCUUCACCAUCGAGGACAUCAUGAGAAGAUGAGUCCAAGGGCGGAUGAUAACCUUCAUGUCUGCGAGUAAAAAAAUAAGUUGCAUAUAAAUUUCGUAAUAUUUUUUUG